CAAAGGCUUUUGUUAUCUUUUCUUGACACCAUUUCAGAUCACAGAAAAGAAAGUAGGGGCUUCAGAAUUGGAUCAGGAACUUAACCAACUGUUUUCUUUUUUUUCUUUUUUUUUUUUUUCUUAGAUGUUUCUGUUCUGGCUUUGAAGAAUUGGGGUGGAAUGGGGUGUCACAAAGUCCUGAACUUUUUCUUUCUUCCCUUUUGAUUUCAUCCAAUUCUAUAACAUUUUGAAAAGGGAGUAAGAUGGUAGUUAAAAUAGUUCCUGCUACUAUAGCCUAUAUAGGCUUUGUUUUUUCCUCGGGUCCUAUAUGCAUAAUCUCGUAUUUUAUUCUGCAAAUACCAAUAAAAUAUGUUUCUUUUACAUGAGAUGAAACAUCCAAUCUAAGAAAAAAGCAAGGUGAAAAAAAAAAGAUUUUUUUUUGGGUCCCAAUUCAGUUAGCAAUAAACAAAUGACUUUGAGCAGAUGAAUCCUCUUAUCCAGACUUUUCUAUACUCAAAUUUUUCUCCUACUUUUGGUAUGCUUACUGGAAGAAGAAAGUAUGGUCCACCCUUUUGAUUUUUUGAGCCAAGGAAGGAAAAUAAUAAUGGGAUAGUAACAAAGGCGUAUCUGAUUUCGUUUCUUUUAGCUUCAAUCAAACUUGGCCGCAUGGCAUGAUUCAAACUUGCCGGGCUCCAGUUUUCAUUGUCCUUGCUUUCUCCACAUAUCCUCUUCAUAGAGAAUUCCAGAUGCAAUGUUGAAAUUCAGAAUAAGAAUCAAUUUAUUUCAUUAAGCUCUUUCAGGAUUUAGCCCUUUUUCUGAAUGAAUCCUGAAUCCUGUUCCUUCUUGAGUCAGAAAUUGUCUUUUGUUAAUUGUUCCAUCACGGCAUCUCCCAGGAUCCCCCACCACACAAUUCUGUACUAUAUACAUCAAGGGAAGAAGAGAAGAGGCAUAAUUAAGCAGCUUUCAGUGGUGUAAUCAUAUUGCAGUGUUGAUGGGGCAUUUUUCAUCUGCGUUCAAUAGGUUGGCAAAGUCAUUCACAACGAAGAAAGGAAGGAGUUCUGAUGAAUGUAAUGGAAGAGAAGCCGCGGAAACAAUGGCAAAGGAAGCCAAAAGAAAUCACUUCAUGUUGCAUAGCUCUGGCACAGUUAAUGUUGAUGGUUCAAACAACUUUGCCUCAGUUUUCUCCAGAAAAGGCCAGAAAGGAGUUAAUCAGGAUUGCUGCAUUGUGUGGGAAGAAUUUGGGUGCCAAGAGGACAUGAUCUUCUGCGGGAUUUUUGAUGGGCAUGGGCCAUGGGGUCACUUUGUGGCCAAAAGAGUACGAAAGUCAAUGCCGCCAUCUUUGCUAUGCAACUGGCAGGAGACACUUUCCCAAACUCCACUUCAUUCAGAUGUUGAUUUUGAUAUAGAGACAGAGAAAAAGCAACACCGGUUUAACUUGUGGAAGCAUUCAUACUUGAAGACUUGUGCUGCCAUUGAUCGCGAACUAGAGCAGAAUCGCAAGAUAGAUUCAUUUUACAGUGGAACAACUGCCUUGUCAAUUGUUAGACAGGGUGAACUCAUUAUCAUUGCAAACGUUGGUGACUCUCGUGCUGUGUUAGCUACAACAUCAGAUGAUGGAAGUUUGGUACCAGUUCAGCUGACAAUAGAUUUCAAGCCCAAUUUACCUCAAGAGGCAGAGCGAAUACUUGAGUCCCAAGGACGAGUUUUCUGCUUAGACGACGAGCCUGGGGUGCAUAGGGUGUGGUUGCCGGAUGAGGAGUUUCCAGGACUUGCCAUGUCAAGGGCUUUUGGUGACUACUGCGUCAAAAAGUAUGGUCUUAUUUCAGUGCCUGAGGUAACACACAGGAAUAUAACCACCAAAGACCAGUUUGUUGUGCUAGCCACUGAUGGGGUGUGGGAUGUAAUCUCCAAUCAAGAAGCAGUGGAUAUUGUGUCUUCAACACCAGACAGAACAGACUCGUCUAAACGUUUGGUGGAGUGUGCAAUGCGUGCAUGGAAACGCAAGAGGCGAGGCAUUGCAAUGGAUGAUAUUUCAGCUAUUUGUCUCUUCUUUCACUCUUCACCUUCACUUGACCAAGUUGCCACCCCAGAAUAGAACAUUUAUCAUGUAAAAUUGACGAGUCAGGUGCCACUUGCUGCUCGAUUCCAUGUAAACAUGGUCCUAUGACCUAUAUAUUAAGGUCGAUUCAUUUGAAGGUGUCAUGUCUCAGUCUCCUCUUUAAUUUGUUAACCUAAUCAAUGACGCCUUUUGGUUUUUAGUUGCAACUUGCUACCACCCAUAUCCUUACGUGAGGUGCUUAAUUCCACUAUUUUGAAGAUUCCCACGUUGAAAUCAACAAAAUGAUGGUCAACAAGGGAAAGUAUAUCUUUAUAGAGCUUAGUAAAACCAAAAGUCAAGCACAAAAGUAUGGAAUUAUAUAUGUAGCACCAAAAAAA